GCCGGCUCCCUUUCUGCGUACCCCGGGAAGCCUCCGCCACACGCCUUACCCCCCUUUCCCCGUUUUCUCGCACGCCGCGUGUCAGGUGAAGGAGCGGGGGAAGGAGAAGGGGAGCAGGGAGGCGCUCUCUCCCCUCCCUCCUCAGCGCCUUCUCCGGCCCCGGGCUCCGAACCUUCGCCGCUCGCUCGCUGCUGUUCUCCCGGCCGAGCAAAAUGGGCUGCACGCUAAGCGCCGAGGACAAGGCGGCGGUGGAGAGGAGCAAGAUGAUCGACAGGAACCUGCGGGAGGAUGGCGAGAAGGCGGCCAGGGAAGUCAAGCUGCUCCUCUUGGCAGAAGCAAGAGAUUUAUUUCCAAACCUUUGAGUCUGUGUGUCAUGGUCCUGCUGGGUUUUGCACCUCACACAAAGGAAGGAGCUGGUGAAUCAGGGAAAAGCACGAUUGUCAAACAAAUGAAGAUAAUCCAUGAAGCUGGUUAUUCAGAGGAAGAAUGUAAACAGUACAAAGCUGUUGUCUACAGCAACACCAUUCAGUCCAUUAUUGCUAUCAUUAGAGCAAUGGGGAGGUUGAAGAUAGACUUUGGUGAUCCAACCAGGGCUGAUGAUGCUCGUCAGCUGUUUGUGUUAGCUGGAGCAGCAGAAGAAGGAUUUAUGACUGCAGAGCUUGCUGGAGUUAUUAAGAGACUGUGGAAAGACAGUGGAGUUCAAGCGUGUUUCAACAGAUCUAGAGAGUACCAGCUUAAUGACUCUGCUGCCUAUUACUUGAAUGAUUUGGACAGGAUAGCACAAACCAGCUACAUUCCAACACAACAGGAUGUUCUCAGGACUAGAGUGAAAACUACAGGAAUAGUGGAAACUCACUUUACCUUCAAAGAUCUUCAUUUUAAAAUGUUUGAUGUUGGAGGCCAGCGAUCAGAGCGGAAGAAGUGGAUUCAUUGUUUUGAGGGUGUUACAGCAAUUAUUUUUUGUGUGGCAUUAAGUGAUUAUGACUUGGUCUUGGCUGAAGAUGAGGAAAUGAAUCGGAUGCAUGAAAGCAUGAAAUUAUUUGACAGUAUCUGCAACAAUAAAUGGUUCACAGAGACUUCUAUUAUUCUCUUCCUGAACAAGAAAGAUCUCUUUGAAGAAAAAAUCAAAAGGAGUCCUCUAACUAUUUGCUACCCUGAAUACGCAGGAUCAAACACUUAUGAAGAAGCAGCUGCUUACAUUCAGUGUCAGUUUGAAGAUCUGAACAAGAGAAAAGACACGAAGGAAAUCUACACUCACUUCACAUGUGCCACAGACACAAAAAAUGUGCAGUUUGUUUUUGAUGCUGUAACUGAUGUCAUUAUUAAAAAUAACCUUAAAGAUUGUGGCCUCUUCUGAGAACAGACAAAAGGCUGUUAAAUGGUAAAUUACAUGCCUGAAAACAGGACUUGGCAUUUGGAAUACGCCCAUGCUGUGUAAAACCUGAAUAGAUAUACUUAAUUCUCUUUUAUUUUAUUUCUAGGUAUGGAAAACGACUUCGCACAAUUCUAAUCUGAUUCUUUUCAAGGUGAAAGAAAUAGGAAAUACAUUAUGCUGAUUGAUAGAUCUGUACUGUACUUGCCUGUUUUAACAGCUUUAUUUAUGUUUUGUCUUGUAAAUUUAAGUAAUUAGUUAACACAGAGAUGUCAGUUGAUUGUAUGUAAACUUAUAAUUGUAGUAAUGUAUUUGUAUAAACAUUGAACGGAAUAUUUUAGUAACUUGAUGUCCUCUAAAAUUUCCAUGUUUUAUGAAGAUACGCUUAGAGGAGACAGGCACAUUUUUGCAUUUGGAUUAUUUAAACAUCUUGUAAAAUGAAAUUUUCUUCUCAUCUUAAGGGUGCAUGCUGCCUUAUUCUUUACUUUUGUUGAUUAUGCUGUAUAUGACGUUAGCUUUUUUGAUAUUUAAACAGCCUCGUACAUCUGCUCAGAUUUAAGGAAACAUAACCAAUAAAACUUGCUUUUGCCUUAAGCUUUGAAAAAAAAAUCUUUUUAUAAAUUUAAAAUAAAUGCAAAGAUUAUUUUUUAAAUUUAAAUGAAAUCCACAGUUUACGAGAUCUGGGCUUGCACUCCUUGCAGUGCAAAUAUGGCAACACUGAGAAAUUGAAUUUUAAUGUUCAGCUAUCAUUGAAGCUGAUGGAAAUGCAAAAAGGAAGUUGCUAUAACCAUUCAUAUCAAUAAACAGUUUGAAACUGUGGUCUUUACUCAGUGGUGUGAAUGACAAAAUUACAUUUGGGUUUUUUGCGAUAGACCAUUAAAGAAGACUGGACUUCAGAGUGAUGUAUUUUCUGCUUACUUAAGUAAAAUCAUGUUGUCCUUCAACUUUUUGCUAUUUUCUGGUAAUAAGAGUCAUUUGAUAAUUUAAUACCCAUAGAAAUAUCAGACUUACACAAGAUAUAGCACAGCGUCUUCACAAGUUACAGCAAUUUCCUGUUGCGUGUGAAAAGAAUCUUCAGUAUUUUGGAUUGGGUGUUUUAUUGACUUACAAAUACUGAUUCUUUGAUUUCCUCUUUAAUUAUAAUUAUAAGUUACACAGUCUCUUUAAUACGUUAAAGAAUAUGAUUUUCUUCAGGUUAUGCUUUCAUUAUGUGAUUUGCUAUCUUAGGUACAUAUAAUCCAUUGCCUUAUGGGUAGUGCCAAAACUGAUUUUUUUAUACAGAUUUUAAAAUGAAUAAGCUUCUAUUUGUAAAUAAGUUCAUGGGUGGUUGUCUUAAAUGUAUGUCAUCUAGAAAGUAUGAACGUACCAAACUUGGAAAUAUGAUUUUCUGUAAUGGUUAAAAUAUUCCAGGCAGCUACAGUACACCAUAAGUUUUGAGAAGUAAAUAAGUCUUUGAACUUGUUGCUAUUUUUCUAUAUUAUCUUAACAUUUCUGUUCUUAGAAACGUACAACCAAUAUAUUUAAGUCCUUGUUCUGUUAUUUAAUUUUUAAUUGUGUGUUUCAUUUAGGCCUCAGAUAGCUUGAGUAAAGGUUAGCUGCACUUCUCAUUCUUUUAUACUUCAAAGCCUUUGUUAGGUACAGAAUUGCUAAAUGUGUUUCUAAUGAAAGAUUAGAAAGGAGGUAACUUAUUACUGGAGGUUGUUAAAUAUAUUCAUACAUUGAGCUCUUUCAGCACUUAUGGUAAGCAAUCUGUAUAUCCUGGGCUGCUUUUAAUUGUGCUUUACAGGUCUGGAAACGUAAGUGAUUUUAAAUCUCAUCAAACUUCUUUGUGGAACUUGUAUUUACACCUACGUUCAAGUUGGUUUUUGUACUUAAUGUGAAACAAAAAUUGGGAUUACUCAAAUUACAUAAAUAAAUCUAAAUUUUGUGCCUUGCUUGAAAGAAAUGUUUUUCAUUAAAUGCGCUGACGGAAAUCUUUUUGCACCCAUCCUGUGGACAUAACUAGGUAGUAAAAAUGAGAAGAUAUGAAGCCAAGAGUAAAUUCAAAAACUUUAUGCAAGAAACAGUAAAAUGAAAGUGAGUGUAAAUUGAUUAUUGAUUAAUUCCUAAAAAAUUUUCCUGUGCCGUUGUUUGUAGCACCUUCAGUUGGAGAAUUGUGGAAUUUUAUAACUGGUGUUUUCUGAAGCAUUUACAUCUUGCACAGAAGAAAAUUGUGAAAUACUUUUGCUUGCUAGUCCAGGCAUAUCAGCUUGUCUUUUCUAACUUGAUGAGUGGACAUCAGGUAUAUUUCCUUAUCGGUGUGUACUAGUUGAUCAAUCUUUGUCCUGAGAUGAAAGUUGUCAGCCUAGGCCAUGGCUCUAGGAACAGCUAUGAGAAGAUGUACGUGCAAUAGUGGGAGCCACACACUCGGUUUUCACUGCAGUUGUAAUAAGGUUCCACUCCCAACUCUGUCAACAUGCUGCCUCUCAAUCUGAGAGCGUUGCAGAAAGUGGAGGAAAUCCUGCAAGUCCACCACUGUUUGAGGACGACAAGCUUUGUCCCUCAGCAGCGUUUUCUUACAAUUCUCCAUUCCACUAAUUUCUUUAUGCAAAGUAUCUAGACAAACUGCUUUUUCUACCCUUACAUAAGGAAUAUCCCUCUACUAGCUUAGGCAUUCCUUCAGAUUAUUUUAAGUAUCUUGAAUUUAGUAUAUUUAGGGAAAUACAACGUUAUGGUGGUCAUGAGAGCAUGUUGUCUGUGGUUGAAAGUCUGGGUAAAACACAACUGUCAUUAAACACACGUCUGCUUUUAAAGGACUUAACUAUGAGGAAGUGUGGUUUAAAAAAUUUGAUAAUUGGCUUCAUGAUGCUACCUAUUGAAUUUGGAGGAAGUCUCAUGUAAAAUGCAGUAACUUAUUAGUAACUAAAACAGGAUUCCCAUUAUAGCAUGGGAACAGCAUUGCAUUUACUGGAUUGCAGUUUUUGCUUCUGGGUAUGCAAUUAGCAGCAUCAUGAUUUAAUUUCAGCAUGAAACCUUAAGGGGCAAAAGACAUCAGCCAGCAGCAUGCUGAACAGCAUGAGGGCUAGUAUGCAUUUAGAUUGGGAACAAUUAGAAGAUAAUUGACCAAUUUGGUGGCUUUCUAUGAUGGGGUAACCACAGUAGUGGACACAGGUAAAGCAAAAGAAGUGAUCUAUCUAGACUUCUCUAGAGACUUUGACACAGUCCCCUACAAUAUCCUUUCUAAAUUGGAGAGAUAUGUAUUUGAUGGGUGGACGGUAAGGUGGAUAAGAAAUUGGUUGGAUGGUCAUAUUCAAAGAGUAGUGGUCAAUGGCUGAAAAUCCACAUGGAGAUCUGUGAUGAGUGGUGUCCCUCAGAGGUCUACUGGGACCAGUGCUGUUCAAUAUCUUUAUCAAUGAUAUUGACUGCGAGAUUGAGUGCACCCUCAGCAAGUUUGCAGAUGACACCAAGCUGAGUGGUGUAGUUGCCACACUGGAAGGAUAGGAUGUCAUCCAGAGGGACCUGGACGGACUGGAGAAAUGGGCCUGUGAAAACCUCAUGAGGCUCAACAAGGCCAAGUGUAAGGUCCUGCACCCAGGUCAGGACAAUCCCAGCUUUCAGUACAUGAUGGGGGAUGACGUGCUUGAGAGUGGCCCUACAGAGAAGGACUUGGGUGUGCUGGUCGAUGAGAAGCUUGACAUGAGCCGGCAAUGUGCGCUCGCAGCCCAGAAGGCCAACCGUAUCCUGGGCUGCAUCAAAAGAAGCGUGGCCAGCAGGGCGAGGGAAGUGAUUCUGCCCCUCUAUUCCUCUCUUGUGAGACCUUAUCUGGAAUACUGUGUCCAGUUCUGGAAUCCUCAACAUAAGAAGGAUAUGGAGCUUUUGGAACAGGUCCAAAGGAGGUCUGCAAAGAUGAUGGGAGGGCUGGAGCACCUUCCCUACAAGGACAGGCUGAGAGAGUUGGGCUUGUUCAACCUGGAGAAGGCUCAUAGGAGAUCUUAUAGCGACCUUCCAGUGCCUGAAGGGGGCCUACAGGAAAGCUGGAGAGGGACUAUUCAUAAAGGCUUGUGGGGAUAGGACCAGGGGGAAUGUGUAUAAACUGGAGAGGGGCAGAUUUAGACUGGACAUUAGGAAGAAUUUCUUCACUAUGAGGGUGGUGAGGCACUGGCACAGGUUGCCCAGGGAUGUUGUGGCUGCCCCAUUCCUGGAGGUGUUCAGGGCCAGGCUGGAUGGGGCCUUGGGCAGCCUGAUCUAGUGGGAAGUCUCUGCCCAUGGCAGGGGGGUUGGAACUACGUGAUCUUUAAGGUCCCUUCCAGCCCUGAUAUACUAUGAUGAUACUACUAUGAUGAUAAGUUUAUGUUCUAAAUCAAGCAAAAAGGAAACCCUUCCAAGGUACUGGCUAUCCUGUUGUGUGGAUGUCUCUUAAAGUUAUUAAACUUCAUAUUGCUGUAUCUAAUAGCCUGUUGUUUAAAGAGUAAAACCAGGGCUGUAAACUUCAAAUCCAUUAUUAUCAUUAUUGUUAUUUUGAAAAAGCAUAGAAGAUGCAAGCAGAGGCUGAAAGCAGUUUGUUCUUGAAUAAUUCAUAGCCUCUGAGAGAGUGCAUUCACAGGCUACGAAUGAGGAAGAUGAGACUGGUGCAAGAGGAACUGGAAAUCUAAAGGACACAUUUUGUUCAGUAAAUUAAUUACCAGUCAUUUGCUAUGUCAGUGUCUGUAGUUUUUGCAAAAAAUGUAGGGUUUUUGGACUCUGAAGAACAGGAAUACUGAAUUCAGUUGCAUAGGUGCAAGAAAACUAUUUCCAGCUUUGUCUCUGGAAUUCUUGCAAAGAAGCUGUCUCAACAUAGAGGAAGCUAGGAGCAGAAUUUCAAUCAGGUAUGUUUCCAGGUAAUGAAAGUAUGCUGUAUUUAAAAAUGACUGAGUUAAAAUACAUUUAUUGCACAUUUUAUCCAUAGCAUAUUCAGGAGCAGUGCUUUUCAAAUUUAGAGUCGAUCAUGGUUCCAGAUAAAGCAUUUCUGGUUGGUUUACUAUACGUGUAGUUUGCUUUUUGUGGUAGUGGGAAAGCUUUAUUACUGUUAACCAGACACAGCAGACAUCAGGGUUAUUGUGUGGUUUUAUUUUAAUAAUAAUUUGCUAGGAGUAAGGCAUGAUUCAAAUUUUUUUUGACGUGCAAUCAAUGGGUUGAGAGCCAUAUCGGAUAGUAUAAUGUUAUACCACUUUUGGUCAUUCACCCUUCUGGAUUUUAGGGAGGAAAUAGUUGAGCCCAUAGUGUGGAAAUACAGAAUCAUAGAACAGUUAGAGCUGGGAACUUUAAAGGUCAUCUGGUCCAGCCCCUCUGCAGUGAGCAGGGGCAUUCAGCUAAGUGAGUUUGCUCAGAACCCCAUCCAACGUAAUGUUGAAUGUUUCCAGGAAUGGGUGUGGUGGUGCAGCACCCAACCCAGGCCACUCUGCGAUCUCGGGGUAAGGCAUGUGUGUUGUGGGAGAAAAUUCCCGUUGUGUCCCGGCCUUUUUACUAGUGCAGUGAGUUGGAGCAAUGAGGCAUCCCUUGACUGCACUUGAAAUUCCUGGUGCCUAACAAAGGUAGUAACCAGCGACUUUCAGUCACUCCCUGACAGCCCUGGAACUUCUGCUGACUGAAUUAUAGCCCCAGCGCGAUGGUACCAGAACUGUACAGUCUGAAAUGUAGUGGAAUUGUAGAGCUGGUGGGAAAUACCGGAAUGACCUAACACAAAUUGUGGCCAGAAUGGACAAAUACUGACCAAAGUCAAUCAACUUUUGAUCUUAAGUGAGACUCUUUGAGCUCUGCUGGAUCGCGGUGGGCUAUGACCAGCAUCUCCCCCACGAGCUGGGACACCUGUCAGUAGAUUUUGUGAGGAUUGUCCAAUAACAAAAGCCAACCAAGAACUAAGAUUUUACAAGAAUUCAAAGAUUGUCCUCUACAAGAACUGCCAAAGGAGAAGGGCAAGAUCAGACUUUUCGAGGCUCAACAAUCAUCCGUUGAGGACUACUGACACAUUAGAAGUAAGUAGUGUGCUGAACUGGAGAGGAGGGAAGUUUUACCAUGUUAAUCUGUGUCUGGAUUUCCAUGUAUCUAUGUGUGUAUAUCUGUAUGUGUAUCUUUGUGUGAUUUGAUUUAACCUUGUGGUAAGUCUUGUGUGAACCUUGCCAUUCUUUAAUCUUUUAAGUCUCUGUUUUGAUAACAAAUUCCAUUAAACCACUUUGUUAAAUUGGCUAAUGAUUUAUAUGCUGUUAAAAUCACAUAAUUUAGUCUUGUGAUCUACAUCAAACUGUUAAUAAAACCUAAAUUGCUGUUAGAUCAAAGCCAUGUAAAAAAAUCAGUUUGCAAAAAAUUGACAUAGUUGGCAGAAUACUAAGUCAGGAUUCAUGACAAAGUGAUUCUUUAAGUGAUCUAAAUCUCCCAUUUUGGAUACUGAGGUAUCUACCACCUGUCCUGGUAAUGUAUUCCAGUGUUUCACCACCCAUGUAGUUCUGUAGUAGUGCAGUGUGUCAGUUCUGAAAGGAAAUUUAGAGCAGCUGUUGCAGAAGAAAGAUGUAUGUGUGCAAGGUUGUACUGAUCAGAAUGUGCUACUUGAAAUUGGGCUUUGUUUUUAAUUGCAAUAGAACAAAAGAUGUUUUAAGACCAAAUGCAUUGUCUGUGGAAGUCUCUGCAGCUCCACAGAGCUAUAUAUUCCUAGCUGACUUUAUUUUCUCCCCUUUUCUGUCCCUCCACUGAGAGAAAUUAGAUGUCUGAGGAGUUGGGUACCUUAGAUCCUGCAGAAUGUGUUAAUCUUUAAUUUCUUUUGCAGAUAACAUACAGAUGUCUGCAUGUAAUGUAAGAUUAUCAUUAUUAUUGUGGUAAUGGAAGAUAUUCCUCUAUUUCGAUGUAUUGAUUGGCUUGCGAUGUGAUAAAAAACCUGUGAAAUCCAUUCUAAAAAUCCUAUGACACCAAGUCAUUCUGGGAAGGUUACAUAGUUUUGAUUGAAAAAGGCUAAUACUUGUCCUGUAUGCCAGGAUUUUUUUUGUAGGUUAAAUCAAAGAUGAAGCUAUUCCUGCUUUGAUUCUAUAAAAUACUUUGUGUAACUUUCAUCUAAAGCUUGGUUUUUAAAGAUAGUUUUCCAAUGAGAAUAGUGCUAACUUUCACUUGAUGUAAAUUGCCAAAGCUUGUAUUUCUUUAAUAAGAAUUAUUUGUUGAUUAAAAUAAUUAAAAAAAAACAGAAGUUUUCAGCUGCAUGAUUAAGAAUAUUGUGCUGACUACCAAGAACCAGAAAAGGCAUAUCCAAAUUAUAGUCAGUGACUUUAUUGUAGCAAAUGUUAUUUGAGCGU